UGAAUGGACGUCGGCAGCAACCAGUUUUUUACUUUAUUUGUUUUGAAUUAGCAGCGUGAGAUGUUGAUAAAUGUGUGCCGAGUUUGCGGCCGGAGUAGGCUCUGCCCCAAGGCCGUGCAGCUCUUCCAGCCCGGCAGACAGGACACCCUGCGCCGCAUCCAACUAAUCACCGGAAUUCGCCUUCAGCAGCUUCCCAAUGCGCCGGACAUGGUGUGCUUCUGCUGUCAGACGGACCUAAACUCGGCCAUGAUGUUCCGGAGGCAGUGCAUCUUGGAGCAGAAGAAGUGGGUGCCGGCGGAGAAGGCCGAAAAGAAGGAAGAGCCAAAGGAGGAACCAAAGGAGGAGCCAAAGGAAACUGUUCCCCCAAAGAGAAAGUACCAGCGACGCAAUUUGCGAUCUAUGAUGCCGGUUGAGGUCGUGGACAUUGUCAUAUCAACCGAGAAUAAGCCUUCAGAGGAAGCCACUGGCGGUGACGAUGAGUUCGACCAGCCAGUGGAGAUCUCCGGGGAACCAGAGACCUCGGAAGACGCUGUUAACCUUUUGGAAAUCGACAUAAAGGAAGAGGCCGAGGAGGAUUUGGAAUCGGAGUACAAACUACCCAGAGUUCAACUGCACAAGUGCGACACAUGUGGAGUCAUCAGAAAUAGCAAAUCAUCUUUAGACAGACACCAGUUUGAGCACACCGGCGAAAGACCCUUUGCCUGCAAGGAGUGCCCCAAGACCUUUUUGGCAAAGAGUGAACUCAAGGCCCACAAUCUCACCCAUCACACCGAGGAUCCUCCGUUUGCCUGUCGCUACUGCGAUCGUCGCUACUUCUCCACCGUCGGGCGGAAAAAGCACGAGAGGGUCCACACCAACGAGCGACCCUUUGUGUGCGACCAGUGCGGCAAGGCCUUUACGCGCACCUGCAUUUUGAAGGCCCACAUGGAGUCCCACAGGAUUUUCAAGAAGUUCAGCUGCGAUGUCUGCGAUCGGUCGUUCAGUUUGAAGAAACACCUGGUCACCCACUUCAUCUCUAACACGCACAAGCAAAAUGCUGAAAUGGCUACAUCGUCGUCGGAAUCUAUGUCUAUGGUCAGUUUUGAAACCGAUGAAACCUGGUCCCAAAGCACCCAAGUAACUAGUCCCAUCGACGAGGAAGAAGUUCAGUCCCAAUUAGAAAUUUUGUGUCACGAAACUUAAC